AGGACAAACAUUUCCUAAAUUGAUAUAAAUCCCCUCUUAAAGCUGUUUGUCUCACUUCUAAAUUUGCAAGAACUCAGUCAUCUCGUUCUUGUACACCUCAGAAAAAAACUGCCUCGAAAUGUUGGUGAGAAACAAGGUUAUCUUUUUGUCCACUGUUGUUCUGGCACUCGCGUGCUUCAUUCAAGCAAGCACCGUUGGGUUAGAAUAUUUCUUCACAGAUAACUUUGAAGAAUUCCGAGAUCGGCCGAUCCAGUGGUCCAACAGCACGCCUGUCCCACACUGGGUCCACGGCACUUUCGUAAGAAACGGCCCAGGUCGCUUUAACAUCGGAGGGCGGAGCGUCAUCCACACGUUUGACGGUUUCGCUAAGCUUCACUCCUUCAAGAUCAACAACGGCACAAAGAUUCUCUUCUCGGCCAAAUUCCUAGGCACGUCCACUUACACACGGUCUAUCGCUGAGAACGACUACGCCACCUCCAUCACGUUUGACGGCGUUAACCCCGCUUUCACGUUCGAAGAGAGGGCCGAAUCUCUAGUGAACGGCAUCGACAACACCAACGCAAACAUCUGGAAGAUAGGAACGGGACGAAACGCCGAGUUCGUCGGUCUCACCGAUGGCGCUGUCUUUUCUAAGUUCGACAUUGGUACGCUGAACACCAUAAGUCUGGUCAAACCUGACAUCACUCAUCCAAUCAUAAGCCUUCUCUCAUUGAUGUCUACAGCUCAUCCCCUGUACGAACCAAAAACAGGCCAUACCAUCAACUUGGUGUACACUGUAAACAUCGUACCGGGACUUAAACACACCCUCACAUUGUACAGAAUGAAGGACACCACCACACAAGAGAUCAUUACAAACGUCAAGUUAGAGAGAAUGUCAUACAUGCACAGCUUCUCUAUCACAGACAACUACGUCGUGAUCUCUCUCUAUCCUCUCUACGUAAGCGUUUCCAAAAUGCUGAACUCAGCUGAAGCGGGCAAAUGUCUUGAAUGGGAGGGCAAGGAUGACACCAAGUUUCUGAUUAUCUCACUUAAAGACGGCAAAGUGUCAGAGAUGAAAACGCCGGGGUUCUUUGCAGUGCAUCACGUCAACGCCUUUGAGCAGGAUGACGACAUAGUCGUUGAUAUGAUAACUUACCCGGACAACUCCAUGCUUUACCAGUUUGAGAUUGCCACGAUGCUAGACGCACAGAAGAGGAGCAAACUGACCAACCAUGCACUGUUAAAGCGCUUCACUCUCAACAUGAAAACAUCGAGCGUCGGGGUCUCCACGUUCUCUCCGAAAACACCCGAGCUGAACUUCGUGAACCGAAUGGAGCUUCCGGUGAUCAACGAAAAUCAUCGAAGUGGGAACUACUGCUACGUCUACGGAGUCGUCUUUUCCUUUGACUCGCAAACUCCAACUGUGCACGACAACUUCGCCAUCGUUAAAAAAGAUCUCUGCAACGGUGGAAAGGGGGACAAGUAUUGGUACCUUCCUAAUCACUACCCUAAUGAACCUUACUUCAUUCCCGAACCAAACGCUAAGGCAGAAGACCAGGGUGUUCUCAUCGCUACCGUUCUCGAUGGGCCAAGAAAGGAGAGUUAUCUGUUGAUACUUGACGCUCAGACUUUGAACGUCAUCAACUAUGCCUACGCCAAGACUUACAUCCCGUUUGCCAUACACGGGCGAUUCUUCCCUGGAGUUUUCUGAUUGUAUAAUAGUUCUUUUGAAUAGAUAAAAGUCAAAGGGUAGGAAUAUUCAAGAUGCUAUGGACUGGUUAGUGUUCAAACUAGCUCAUCAUUUGCUUUUUGGUUACAUGUAAUUGCAUAGGAUUCUUAGAUGUAGUAACAUACCAUAUAUAGAUAUAUUAGUAUGUUGAAAUAUGGAAUAAGACUUAAGUAUAGAUAGUGUGCUAUUUGGACCCUUUCUACUUACUUAAUUACAUAGACAGGUGAGUAAAAUUGCCUUCUGAUAAUCCACCUUAUGUUCCCCAUUCAUGGAAAAAAUUAUAUGUACAC